GACCCCAGGAUGGCGGGCUGGGGCUGGGCGCUGCUGUGCCCCGCCGCACUCCUUGUCGCGGCGGAGCUCGUCUGGGCGCCGGACCCGUAUGGAGAAGAGUGCAGGACUAAAACAUACCCUCCUUCAGGGCCAACGUUCAAAGGGAACAUACCCACGUAUGUCAUAAAUCUUGAUUUACCUCCCAGCAAAAGAUGGGAUAACUUGAUGCGUGACAAAAAGACACAGCUGAAGACUGUGGUCCAGAAUAUUAAAGAUAUAGCAAAUACCUUCUUUCCCAGUGGCAAAGUUGUUGACAUAGUGGAUAAGAAAAUAGUUCACCUGACAGCCACACUUCCUUAUCCUUUCAAUGAAGAACUUAGAGGGAUUGCAAAUUCAUCCGGGAUUCCUUUGGGGGAAAUUGUUAUUUUUAACAUCUUUUAUGAAAUUUUUACUGUAUGUACAUCAAUAGUGGCGGAAGAUAAAACAGGGAAGCUGUACCAUGCCAGAAACUUGGAUUUUGGGCUUUUUCUUGGGUGGGAUGUUAAAAAUAACUCCUGGACUUUAACUCAGGAGCUGAAGCCCAUAGUGGUGAACUUGGACUUCCAGAGAAACAACAAAACAGUAUUCAAAUCUACAAACUUUGCAGGAUACAUAGGCAUGGUGUCUGGAGUCAAACCAGACUUGUUCACUCUGACAAUGAAUGAGCGUUUCAGUCUUGAUGGUGGUUAUGUUGGAAUGUUCGAAUGGUUUCUUGGUAGAAGAGAUGGUAUGUGGAUGGGCUUUCUUACAAGAACAGUUCUAGAGAAUGCUACAAGUUACCAGGAUGCAAAAGACAAACUGGCAAAAACAAGACUGCUGGCUCCAGCUUACUUUAUACUGGGUGGAAAAAAAUCAGGAGAAGGGUGUGUGAUAACUCGUUCCAGGACAGCCACUCUGGAUAUCUGGGACCUUGACAUCCAGAAAGGUACGUGGUACGUCUUGGAAACGAACUACGAUCGCUGGAAGCCUCCACUGAUCUUGGAUAAUCGUAGAACACCUGCAAUGAAAUGCCUGAACCAGACAACACAAGAGAACCUCUCCUUACCAGCAAUUUAUGACGUUCUUUCUACAAAGCCUGUCCUCAACAAGCUGACUGUGUGCACAACGCUGAUGGAGGUGGAUAAUGGCCAUACAGAGACUUACCUGCGGGAGUGCCCAGAUCCCUGUAGCCCUUGGUAGUCCUCUACCUUUCCUAUGUUGGAAGCUGCUUGUCAGAGUUGGAGGUCAUCCAAGAAAAAGUAAUUUUGGAAAGAUUCCUUAGACUCCUCUCUUCAGAAAUCUAAUGGCUACAUAGAAAUGUCAAUGAGCUUCUAACAGUGGGGGCCCCGCUGUCACAGUGGACUUUCUUGCUUUCUGACCAGCAGUUGUGCUGACAAGAAAUGUAUACUAAUGAAUGUCUGGUUUGAUUUCAGCCAUUUCUGACAAAUGAGUUCAGCAGUUGGCUCUAGAUCUCUUCAGUCUUGGCAGUGUUCUUGGUUUGGUUUGUUGUUGGCUUGUGGGUUUGUUAUUUUUUCUUAUUUGGUUGGGGCUUUUAGACUUCUAAAGCACACAGGAGUUAAAAUUGCACUUAUCGAGCACGAAAAAUACUGGGUGAAAGAAGGCCAUCUGGAAGGAAUGAAUAACAGAACCGUACCCUAAGCACUUUAAGCUGAAUUGCUAGUGUUCUCCAGUGUAAGGAUAUGUCAAAGAUAACCUGUUAUAAAAUAACCUACCAGGUGUCAUACCUACUCACAGAAAUGAGGUCUUAGGGCAAUACCUAAAAUGAGAUCUGAGCCAAAAAAAUGUCUUUUCACUAAUGUAAGGAUAUUCUGCUGAAGCUCCUUCUUGGCCCAAUAACAAUUUUUUAAUACGGAUUAUUCUGUUGUCUCAAAAAAAUAAAUACUAAUACAGUAAAUAUUGUUAAGAACUACUUUAUUUCACCAAAGAACAAAUGCGCUGAUUUUGUACCUCAGUGGCAGUCACUGUGCGUGUUACAUAGCGCAUGGCAAAAAAAUCCCUGCCAUCAUGCAAUCACAUAACAGUGUGAAUUAGAUCAGGGGAAAAUGCCUGUAUAGUGUGAUACGCAGCUUCUGGGACAUUUGAUUCAUAUAAAGCAGUUAAACCAAGUCAAAUAAUACAGUCUGUACCAUUAAGAGCAUAUCAUGUACUUCUGAGGUCGCACCUUAAUCUGGUAGGGGGUUGUUCAGGUUUAUUUGGAAUUAGUUGUGUAACAGCCAUAAUCAAAUUACUUUGUCAUUUAAAAAUAAGUAAGUUUACUUGCUUAAUGAGCCCUGUCCCACUUUAGCAUAUGUGGAGCAAGGCAGUGUAGGCUAUUUACAGUCAUUAACUAAUGAGCUUUUGGUAUGUCCCUUGUGCAAGACAAUCCGCGUUUCCACACUGGAAAUUGCUUUACAAUUGCAAAAGCACAGCUAAAUCCCGUGGAUGUCUGUCCAGAGCCUGAAUGCCUGUGCCUGCUGUUGACUAAAAUAAACAAAGCUGUUUAGAAACGAAAAGCCCAACAA